CAAUAGUUCCAUAGGCGAAGCUGUCGCACUCAGAAUCUUCAUACCCAAGUUUUAGCAAUGAUGACUUCCUCAAGUUUCGAUAUCAAAGAGCACGUCAUACCAUGUCAGCAUAUCCGUGGCUAUCGUCAUGCUAGUAAAGAUCAAACAGUUGCGCUGCAGUUGGCCGUCAAGCAGUAUACGCCGAAGCGAGUACUUCCAGAUGACAGACCCGCUGUUACUGUGAUUGGAUUACACGCGAACGGAAUACCAAAGGAAGCAUACGAACCGCUUUGGGAAGAUUUUGCUGCGCAGUUCGAUGGAAACAUCAGAAACAUUUGGAUUGCAGACUGUGCUCAUCAAGGCGCAAGUGGCAUUCUGAAUGAGGGGCAUCUAGGAGAUGAUCCAAACUGGUUUGACCAUUCACGGGAUCUCCUUGGUAUGGUAAAUCAUUUUCGAAACGAGAUACAAGCCCCAGUGAUCGGGGUUGCCCACAGCAUGGGAUGCGCACAACUUGUACAACUUUCCCAGAUCCAUCCCACGCUUUUCCAAAGCCUUGUUUUGAUCGAGCCUGUCAUCCAAGAGACUAUCCCACCCGGUCCGAAUGCGGGAUAUCUGACCAGCUAUCGGCCUGACUUCUGGCAGUCGAAAGAAGAGGCACAUGCCUAUUUCGACAAGAACAAGUUUUACAAAUCCUUAGACCCCCGAUGUUUCGAAAGGUACCUGCAGUAUGGACUCAGAUCAACGCCAACUGCACUAUUCCCCACAGCACCUCCUGGAUCAGUCACUCUUAGCACGACGAAACACCAAGAAGCUUGGUCUUUCAUUCGUUCGAUAUUUCCUCCCCGUUCAUCUGGUGGCGAAGUUGAUAUGCAGGAACAGUUGUUGACUUCCGAUUACGGUGGUGUACACUCAAAAUACGUCUUCCAUCGCCCUGAAGCGGUUCUUGCCUUUCGAGCAUUGUCUACGCUGCAACCAGCGGUGUACUGGAUAUUUGCAGAGCAAAGUUACAUUAAUCCACCAAAGUCGAGGAAUGAGAAGGUACGACGCACCGGUGCAGAGAUACGAGGGCGUGGUGGCGUCACGUCGACUGUGGUCGCAAAGUCUAAUCACAAUCUCCCACUGACGCAGGUCACGGAGACGGCGAGUUUAGUUGCCUCGCAUAUAGUGCAGCAACUGAAGGAGCACAAGGAGCAGCAGGAAAUCUGGGAUAGGAUUGACACACAGAAAUCUGAUCGUGAUCAACAAGUCCUUUCCUCACACUGGAUGAAGGCUGUUCGAAACAAGUCAGAUACUGAACGGCCCAUGAUUGCGAAGAAUAAAUUGUAAUCUCUCGUGGUUGCUCGGAUAUGUAAUU